UUCAUAAAGGAUAUACCGGCUUGGCAAAUGGCGAAGACUUACGAUUACCUUUUCAAACUCUUGCUAAUAGGGGACAGUGGAGUGGGAAAGACAUGUCUGCUGUUCAGAUUCAGCGAGGACGCGUUUAACACCACCUUCAUCUCCACAAUCGGAAUUGAUUUCAAAAUCAGAACUAUUGAGCUGAAUGGGAAGAAAAUCAAGCUGCAGAUAUGGGACACAGCAGGGCAGGAACGAUUUAGGACGAUCACCACGGCAUACUACAGAGGUGCUAUGGGCAUUAUGUUGGUAUAUGACAUCACCAGCGAAAAGUCAUUUGAGAACAUUAAAAACUGGAUACGCAACAUUGAGGAGCAUGCAUCAUCUGACGUAGAGAAGAUGAUCCUCGGAAACAAAUGUGACAUGAACGACAGGAGACAGGUGUCCAAAGAGAGAGGAGAGAAAUUGGCAAUUGAUUAUGGGAUCAAGUUUUUGGAAACAAGUGCAAAAACCAGCAUAAAUGUCGAAGAGGCCUUUUUCACACUUGCCAGAGACAUUAUGGCUCGACUUAACAGAAAGAUUAAUGAUGGUGGUCAAGCAGAUAGCGGCGGUCCUGUGACGAUUUCAGAGAAGCGCUCCAAAAAGCACAGCAUCUUUAAGUGCGCUCUGCUUUAACUAGCUGUGUAUCUGCGGCAGCCAGAAAUGCUCUGCUGGUAUAACAUAUCACAUGAGCCCCUGCAAAGAGCUGGACUAGCAGGCUCGAGAACGGAUGAAGGUUCGGGUUUCCAAGCCCUAAAAGUCAAGAUGGAACAGAGGAAUGAUGCAAUUUUGAGAGAUUUAGUCGGUUAGCUCGGUGAUAGAGUCACAAUAGGAAACGUUUCCAUUGUUGUGUGGUGAUAAUCGUGAUGAUUGUGUCAAAAGAUAAUGGAUCAAAUAUGAAUGUUUUUUU